GUUUGAUUUUCUUUGAAUCCAACAGUUAAAAAUUUCAAAUAGAAAAUAAAUUUGUCAAUUCUAGUAUAUGAUUAACAUGUUUGAUGUUUUCCUUAUUGAAUAGAAACCACUAAAAAAAAUACAUUUAGUUGAAGAAGAAAAAGUUAGUCAUGAGCUCUCCACAAAAGAAAGGAGGAUAGAUUUCGCAUAAGAAUUAACGAAAUAGAAAGAACAAGUCUUUUGUUGACGAAACAAGAAAUGUCACGUUCUUUUUUUUUAGUUUCUUUCAAAAUCAUGAAUCUAAUCAGGUUACAAUCUUUUUCUAUAUAGAUCAACUAAACUUAGAAAGUUUCUUUACCUGAAUUAUAUGUUACGUUCUAAUUAGCUAUAAAUAGAGCUUAAAAUAAAACAGUUUCAGUUAUUAAUAUUUCUCUGCUAGUCUUCCGUGUUAUUUGUUAUCCACAUCCCCACUUCUCUUUUCACUCCCACUUCUCUUUUCACCUGACUAUUAUUUAAUCAGCACCGGAGCAAAAGAGUCUCCUCAUAACCAUCAAACGAAGCAUUUCAUGCUUACAGAGAAUAUCAUGGCCGUUUCCUUCCUACCUUAUUGUCUCAUUCUUUCUUUCUUCUCAACCAUUUCCAUUACACAAGCAAGUUCGGGAAUGAUCGGAGUCAACUACGGUCGAAUAGCUAACAAUCUCCCGUCGCCGGAGAACGUAGUGAACCUCCUCAAAUCACAAGGAAUCAACCGUAUCAAAAUCUACGACACCGACAAGAACGUGCUAACCGCCCUCGCACACUCAAGAAUAAAAGUAGUCGUGUGUCUCCCCAACGAGCUUCUCUCUCGAACCGCAUCCGACCAAUCAUUCACCGACAAAUGGGUUCGACACAACGUUAGAAAACACUUCCCGGCGACGGAGGUAGAGGCAAUCGCCGUCGGUAACGAGGUCUUCGUCGAUCCUAAGAACACGACGCCUUACCUCGUCCGCGCGAUGAAAAACAUUCACGCCUCUCUGGUGAAGUAUAAUCUUGACAAGUCGAUCAAGAUCUCGUCUCCUAUCGCUCUCAGCGCGCUUGCUAACUCGUACCCGCCUUCUUCCGGUUCUUUUAAACCGGAUUUGGUCGAACCGGUUAUUAAACCGAUGCUUGAUUUGCUGCGUAAAACGUCGUCGUAUCUCAUGGUGAACGCUUACCCGUUCUUCGCCUACUCAGGGAACGCGGAUAAAAUCUCCUUGGACUACGCUCUCUUCAGAGAUAACGCCGGGACUGUAGACUCCGGUAAUGGGCUGAGAUACAACAGUCUCUUUGACGCUCAACUUGACGCCGUUUACGCAGCCAUGUCCGCCGUCGGAUUUAACGACGUUAAAGUGAUGGUGACGGAGACAGGUUGGCCUUCCGCCGGAGACGGGAACGAGAUCGGUGCAAGCGAAUCCAACGCGGCGGCGUAUAACGGCGGACUCGUGAAGAGAGUGUUAAACGGUAACGGAACGCCGUUAAGACCGAAGGAGCCUCUCAACGUGUUUCUAUUCGCUUUGUUUAACGAGAACCAGAAGCCGGGACCCACGUCUGAGAGAAACUACGGGUUGUUUUACCCAAACGAGAGAAAAGUGUACGCCGUUCCGUUCGCCGCAACGACGUCGACGCCGGUCAACAGGAAUAAAGAGCAGGCUCCGGUGGCUCACGAGGGAGAGACGUGGUGCGUGUCGAACGGAGACGCGGCGAAGGAAAAGCUCCAGGCAGCUCUCGAUUACGCCUGCGGAGAAGGAGGAGCUGACUGCCGUCCGAUCCAGCCUGGUGCCACGUGUUAUCAUCCUAAGUCGUUAGAGGCCCACGCUUCGUUUGCGUUUAACAGUUACUACCAGAAAAACGCACGUCGUGAUGGCACGUGCUAUUUUGGUGGGACUGCUCACGUGGUCACGCAACAUCCUCGAUACGGGAAAUGCAAGUUUCCCACAGAAUAUUGAGGCGAAUUUAGCUAAUUAGCGGCAUUAUGACUAAUUUUAAUACAGUACUUUGUUUGCUAAUCUGAAAUAUAUUUUGUUGACUGUAUAAAAACACUCAUUUCAUCUUUUAUAUUUUAAACAUUGUGGCUGUGUUCUUCUUUUGUUUUUAGAGUUUAUAUCACUGGAUGAUCCGUGUUUGAAUAACACUUCAAUCUUCAUCAAGUUAUUUAUUUACAUCCUUAAAAUAAACUCCCAAAAAUGUGUACCAACAAACAAAAAAUUCGUUGUUAUCCAU